AGCGCUGCGGAAAUUCCCACGUUUGUACGAGAAACGAAGAGGCGGAGAAAACAAGAAAAGGACUCUGCACUCGGUGCCACUUCAACAGCGCACCAAGUGAAGGUGUUCUGCGGAAGCUGCACUGCAAAGCGGAGCGGCCCCACGAUCAUAGCGUGUGUGUGAGAAGGUGGGUGCGUGCUGCCGCCUUAUAGAGAAGUGUGGCCGAAAUUCAGCAGAGCUAUUUUAGUGUUAUAUUUGUGGCGCCUGCUGGUCACCCGGACCGCGCACCCGUCAAUCCGGAAGUGCCACGCGUCCAUAAACUCCUGCUGUACGCGCUGACGCCCUGAUUGGUCCAGUGGUGUCUCUUUCAUAAUUUCUCCUUCGUGCAAUUCUAUCUCCCACGCGGAGUAAGCCAGUCCAAAAAAAAAAAAUGGAGGACCUCUUCGACGUUGACGCGACAAACCAGCGGCAGGAGCCGGUGCUGGACGUGACGAGCCACGCCUUCCAACCCAAGAAGUACAUCCAACGCGUUCUCGCCGGCGUGCCGCACGCCAUCUUCGAAGGCGAACUCGUUGACAAGGUCGGCCAGGCAGAGGAGGACACCGGUGAAGCGCUCAAGCAGCUCAUCCGCGAUAACCUUGCCGUCUUCGUGAACUCCAAAGACGCGAUGGACGCCGUCUACCACUCUGACCAGGAACUGUUUACCGGGGAGGCGUUGGACGGCAUUACGAACUCGUUUAAGAGCGCCACCGGCAGCUGCGACGCACUCGUGCAGCCGAUCACCGCCACCUUCGUGGAGGUGCAGAAAAGCCGCAAGAGCCAGGACAUGCUGGAUAAGCUGUUCAGCGUCUUGGGUGUCCCCGGUGCGAUUUAUGGCUGCUGUGGGGUGAAGGUGGCGUCACGCCGCGCCGCGACCAUCGGGGCGUUGGGAACGUCCGACACGAGCGAUAUCGAGAAGGAAGACGGCGACGCGGCGGACGGCGAGGGAGCGGCGGCGGCGAAGGAAGACGAGGAAGGGGAAGAGGGAGAGGAGGGCGAACGCGAUCGCAGCCGCAGCCACAACGAGCCACAAGACGGUCCGAGAAGGAAGACAGCGUCUUCGCAGCGCGGCGGCGCUCCCAACAACGACGACAGCAACGUGGAUGAUGAGGAGGAAGAAGACGAAGACGAAGACGAUGAGGCCGGUGAUGAUCGGAGCGAUAGAGACGUGGAGGCAGAGGGGCGGUCGGGCCCUGGGAGGCCGUCCACCGUGCACGGCACCCUAGAGAACCCGGGAGGGACGACGAACCUCGCUCAGAUCUUCGUCUUCACACAAGAUGAAGAAAUCUACUCCUGGUACGGCACCCCGCUUGUCCGCCUGAGGGACGUCGAUGCGCGUCGUCACCACGUCGAGGAGGUCAGUAACUACGAGACAGCUAUUUUAAACCUGCGUCGGGCCAUGUUGUACGUGGAGGAGACCUACUCCUUGAUGGAUGGCACCAUGCUGGCCGGCGAGGACGGCGAUGUGCCACGACCUACGCCUCCACCUGCUGCUGCUGCAGUUGCUAAUGAGAGCCGAGGUGCCCCUUCUCCAGGUGGUCAUGCUGGUCCUACAAGUGGGACUCCUUCCCCCGCUCCACCACAGACAGCGGCGACGGCAACAACCACCGCCGCUGCGUCCACCUUCAGCACCGCGCGCCGCAGUACGUUUGCUUUCAAAUUUGCGCUGGCGCUGCUCCGCUCCGCGCUGUAUCUCUGCCGACAACUCGCGGAAGAGCUCGUCUACGCGAACCCGGCGGACACCGUGCUGAUUGAGGACACGCUGUCGAUGAUGAUGGACGCGAGCAUCGCCACCGUCAAGCUGCGCCACCUUUGUGGAGUGCUGCAGCAAUCGAUGGAACCUGGUCAACAACAGCGGAACUCCUUGACGAAACUGCGCACCCAACUCAGUGCAGCAGCAGCAGCAGCAGCCACGACGGCUACAAACGCGGCUUCUGGAGCAUCACCGCUGCGGGAGCCCGUCAACAGCAACCCUUUCGGGGCAGCGUCUCCGAAUAACAUCUCCGGCGUCUUCGCCUCCGCCUCCUCCUCUGCCUUCGACUCCUUCUCACCGGCGUCCGGCAACACGUCGAGCGCCACUGCUGGGGUUACUCGCGCACGUCGCCGCACUGCAGCCUACCUGCACCCCGCUCAGUAUUUCAUCUCCAUAGUGCAGAGGCAGCACCGGCACCUCUUCCACUCCAGCGCGACGGCCCUCCUGCAAGAGGCGAAUGCGUGGAUGUGGAAGGCGCAGACGGACGCCGCACGCGGACUGGAGGAGCGCCACCGCCAGCGCGAGCAGCAGCGAAAAGUGCGCGCCGCUGCGGCGAACGGCGUCGACACCGCUGAGGACGCCGCCUCGCCGCUGGGCACGAUGGGGACCCUUGGGCACAACUUUGCGAACUCCUUCAUGGGCGCGAGUGUGGCCGCGGACGGCGGCUUCAUUGGCAACUCGAAGGACUCCUUCUCGCAGGACACAUCGUUUGGGUGGGUGAACAGGCGAGGCGGUAACGGGCAAUCCUCCCGUGCCGGAGGCAGCGACGCCGCCCUGCAGAGCCUCGGCGCCAGCAACGGUGGGACCGGCAGAAGCAGCAGCAACGCAGGCGCACAGCCGCAGCACGCCAGCCUCGUGCCGGAGAUGUUUGUCGCACGCGUGCUAGACGCCUUCAACACGCCGGAGUCUCCCUUCUCUACAACGACGGAGUUUAAGGUAGGCACCUCUGACAUGGACGCGGUGCUGCUUUCCAGCUGCCUGCAGGUCCGCAUGCACGCCGCCUCGCUGCUGAGUCAGCUCUUCACACACGCGGACGUUGAGUCGGCCGUGAUGGCGCAGGCGACGUCGCUGAACACCUUUGCACUGCGUCUGUGCGCCGAGUGCGUCGGCACGCUGGAGCACGUCGUCGGGUCGUACUGGGGCGGCAUCGCCACUACGCUGCACGCCGGUGUGUUCGACUUUGUGCCGGAUGGAACGUUGAAGGACAUGCUAGCGGAACUGCUCGAGGACGACGACGACGGAGAAGGAGAGGCGGCUGGCGCCGCGACGGCGAUCGAUGUCAACGGGUUGCAGCGGUCUCCCUCCACGACGCUGGGCAGCCAUGACGGUGGCGGCGUGAGCACCAUGCACUCCCGCAUCCCGAGUGCACUGGACCGGUCCGACUCGCACCAACGCGAGCGCGGAGACGCACCUCCCACCGCCGGCAACGUCGACGGCAGCCGCAGUGCAGACACGCGGAUCGCCGGCAUGGGGUCGAGCUCCUCCGAUCCGCUGCCGCACCUCCGCUUCAUACCCACCCUGCAACAGGCCUUGCAGAAGGCGCCGGCCAAGCCACACCCGUCGGUCCCACCGCGCCCCGCCUCCCUGCGCGACAUCUCCAUCCAGGCAGUUCACCAAAUGAUCAGCGCCGCCGCCAACACCCUCCUGUCGCUUUUUAUCACCUUCAUCAACAAGGGCGUGGUAGACGGUUUUGUCGGCACGAUGGCGCGCUACCGCGUGAGUGACGCCGCACGCUACAGUCGCAACGAACGGAUGGAGCUGCACGCCGCGGUGCUGUAUGAGGUGCUGCUGGGGCAGUGGGAGCGUAUGAUGAGCCUCGUCAGCGACUCCGUGUUGCGGCUGAAGAUUGUGAUGGCCGAGUCGAGCAGCUCCGCCACCAUCAACUCUGACAGCCAGGUCGAGGAGGUCGGCAACCUUCUGCAGGAGCUGGAGGUGCUCCGCUCGACCUGUCUUCGCACUUACCUGCACGGGGUCGGGGUGCUGAGCAAGGCGUACCUGACGAUGCUGCCACUGCUGCAGCGGCGCACCGACACCUCGCUCGACACGCGGGUGCGCUCCCGCGUGAGCCGCGACUCCGUCUCCUCCAGCGUCGUCCACAAGCUACUGAACGUGCUGGCGGUGGUGGUGGACCGGUGCGUGCCUUUCUUCACGCGCGACGCGGAGGUGUUCGACAGCGUCGAUCUCUUCUCCGUGAAGGCGGAGAACCUCCUCGCGGAGGACGACGACGACGAUCACGCCUCCCGCGGUGGUCGCGGGGGCGUCGGCGGGAGUGGACGGGGUGGAGUUGCAGGGCGGCGACUGCGAGUGAUGCGAUCGCGUCGCGGCGGUGCCACCGGGACGGCGUCUCCGUCCUCCACCGCAGCUGACGGCUCCCGUCGCCCCAGCAGUGCCGCCGCUAUAAACGUGUCCCCUGCGCCGUCCGUGGGCGGCCCCGACACCGCCACCGACCCCGUCUCCGCAUUCCUCGCCCAGUUCCACAGCAAGCUGGUGAUGGAAAGUCUGCAGGACCACGAGGAGGUCGUCCUGGCGCUGCUCUCGCACCUGCUGCUGGCGUUUGUGGACAUGCUACAACUGAAGUGUCGUACCGCGACGACGGACGGCAGCGUGGCGCCCGAGGAGCGGGAGCGCAGCGUGGUGGAGUGCAUGGCUGACACCCUCAGCCUCGCUACGACACUCACACCUAUUCUGAUGGAGCACCUCCUGUCACCCUGCUUCUUUGAACUCCUCGCGCGGCAGCUGCCGGAGGUGGCGUCUAAUCCGGCAGAAGUCGCCGCCUACCUCCAGAACAAGCAACAGCAGUACGUUCAGACCUAUCUCUCCGUCGUGGAGGAGCACUGCCAGCUCGCCGUUGAUGCCAUGAUGAACACGUACUUGGCGCUGGCGCAGCAGCCCAUCACGGACCUGGUGCGUCGGCAAGGGUUUGUGCAGCCCCUCUUCGACUGGCAGCGCGUGUCGCCGCACACGACGGCGGCGGUGCGGCCGUACAUCGCGGAUGCAAUCGCCUGCAUCGCCCGCGCGCACGAGACCCUCAACGCGAUUCGACAGCCGAUUCUCGGCAGUGCCGCCACGCAGCGCCUCAUCGCGCACCUCGCGCGUGUGUUCCUCACGUCGUUCACGAGUGACAUCAACGUGUUUGAGCUCUCCGUGGAGUGCAGCACCAACUUCCUGGUGUUGGGGCUGACGCUGCUGGAAGCGGAAGCGCUGACCAUCUUGAAGGUAGUGGACUCUGUCAUGGACCACGCGGCGGCCAACCCAGCCUCCAGCGAACUGUCCACUGAGCUCGUGUUGGCGAGGGAAAGCCUGUCGACCUUCGCACCGGCCUUAGGCGUCUACGCGAACUCCGUUUGCGAGACUAUCACAGCUACCUACGGCCGCGAAGGCGCAUCCGAGGCGGCGCUCGCCGUCAGCUUCUUAGCACGCGACAAGCGGCAGGAGCGGCGGGACAGCAUGGUGCAGGCCGCCGUCCACACGCUCGGCUACACGCUGGAGGCCAUCAAUGUGGAGCUGGAGGAGUCCUCCUUGUCCAGCGCGGGUCUGCUGCAGAUGCGCAGCUCCGUGACGGAGAGCAUCGUGCAGCGGCUGGAGCACCGCAACGAGGGCUACGAGAUGCGCCGCGCCAAGGCAGCCCAAAAAGAGCAGGAGAGGAAAGACGCGGAGAAGCGAGCGAGCUCGGCCGCGAGCGGCAGGCGUAAGAAGGCAACGGCAGCAGCAGGAGUCGAUACCGCCGAAGAAGCGGAGGGCACGGCUGGACGGCGUCGUGUUGUGCGCCGACGGCCAGAUGAAUUGAAGCCGCUGGUGUCCACGGACACGGACGUCGCAGGCGAGGAUGCCGGUGGUGCCGUGCUGACCCCGCGCACGGCCCAGGAGAACAAGGAAACCUCCAGCGCCAUCGCGGCGGCCAGCAACGUCUUCCAACUCGCGCAGGAUCAGCAGCACAGGACGAAGGGACGGAAGGUGCGAAAGGUGCGGAAGGCCGCGGUCGCGUUGGACGAGGGUGCGGCAACAGACGCGGCGGCACCGACGUCAGAAACCUCUCCUUCUCCGCUCCUCGCUGCCGCUGGUGCUGCUGCGACAACAGCGAAGGCACGCGUCACACCGCCCACCGCCAACCGCGGCGGCAACGACGCCGACGACGCAGAGGCGCCAUUGCGAUUGCGUUCGGCGCGACGGCCCCGUCGUGGUGCUGCUGCGAGCGCCAGCGCAGAGGCAGACAGUGUCGCAGAGCCGCAUGAGAGGCGCGCCAACCGCUUCCGUCGCUCCAACGUAGUGUGA